UCCAGCACAGCUGGGAUUUCUACACGGACAGAUAGCGCAAUGAAGAGCAGCGUCGACCCGUCAUCAUGUGCACCGGGCUUCCGAGGACUGCCUGUCCGCUGCGACUUUUUGCCCUCUGCAUCCUUCUUUCCUACGCAGCAGCAUAUUUCGGGCUUACAGGUCGCGAACCUUUGGUCUUUCUGCCUGGUCCGUUUUCCAACGAGCCCCCGAACGGAAAAUCGCACCUGAAGCAAUGCGAGCAGAUGACCUUGACGCGUCGGCAGAAGCGCCUGUGUCGGCGAGAACCGGGGCUGGCGGAGACUCUGAGGGAAUCUGUCCGCCUCAGCCUCCUGGAGUGCCGCUACCAGUUUCGCAACGAGCGCUGGAAUUGUAGUAUGGAUGGCCGUGGAAGCCUUUUGAAACGAGGGUUUAAAGAGACGGCAUUUCUGCUCGCCGUGUCUUCAGCAGCGCUGUCUCACGCGCUGGCUAAAGCGUGCAGCUCGGGUCGGAUGGAGCGCUGCACCUGUGAUGACUCUCCGGGUCUGGAGCACCGUGAGGCCUGGCAGUGGGGUGUAUGCGGAGACAAUCUGAAAUACAGCACCAGGUUUCUCAAGAAGUUUCUGGGCCAAAAACGGGUCAGCAAGGACCUGCGCGCUCAGAUCGACGCUCACAACAUUAACGUCGGCACCCGGGCAGUAAAGAGUGGACUCAAAACCACCUGUAAGUGUCACGGUGUCUCCGGUUCGUGCGCCGUGAGGACGUGCUGGAAGCAGCUCUCUCCGUUUCAUGACACAGGCCACCUGCUAAAGUACCGCUACGACACAGCCGUCCGCGUGCACAGCAUCACCAAUGCCGCCACGGGUGAGACUGAGCUGGCAGGGCCACGGCGUCACAGCAACACGGGCCCUCGCCCGCGACCCACAGAGCUGGUGUUUCUGGAGGAGUCGCCCAGCUUCUGCAGGCCUUCGCGCUAUUCACCCGGCACGGCCGGCAGACCCUGUUCCAAGGACACCAGCUGCAGCAGCCUGUGCUGUGGGCGGGGCUACAACACAGCCCUGCGCCUCACCACCCUCUCCUGCCACUGCCAGGUCCGAUGGUGCUGCCAUGUCGAGUGUGAAACUUGUGUCAGAGAAGAAGAGGUCUACACCUGCAAGAAACACUGAGAGGAUGAGGCUUAAAGAGUCGCUGAAGAAUGCAUUACAUGCCAACAAGAUAAGAAAAUGGUAAGAUGAACGUAAGAUCAAGAGGAAAGGUUGGAUGUUGUCAUCCAGGGAAUGCCGAAGGGGAAUGGUAGGAAAACCUGGACACGGGGCUCUGAGCAAUUGUGAGAUGGUUGAAUAAAGUAAAAGCUGCUCUUCUGCUAUCAAGGAAACAAAGUAAGACAUAAAAUACAUUUCCCUGCUUCCUUGUCAUCAAACUGAGAAACUCAUGUUGUAAGAAGAGCCACUUGAAUGUUGCUGAAUGUGAUGCUCAGUCAAAUAACGGACCUGUUGCCUUUUGAACUGUUCAUGAUGAACGCAUACUUUAUGGCAAUGGACUAGAGAUCUGCAUUAAUACUCAAAUUAAUACUCUGGGAGUCAUUGUGACUCCAAGUCAAA